ACUCAUAACCAUCUCCACACUCACCAAGGCCACCAUCGCUCUCUCUCUCUCUCCUCUCUGUAACCAACUACAUCUCUCUACAUUCUUCCCAGUCAGAACAUCAUUCCAAUAAUUGAUGACAAAGGUACACCCAAACGCGUCCUCCGCCAUUCCUACUGCUCUGGCUGAUGAGGAGCUUCCCAAGCCGGCCUGCCACUGCCUCUCAUCGGCGCCUCAGCCUACAGUGCUCACCGUGUGGAAGAAGUCGCUGCUUUUCAACUGCGACGGCUUUACGGUGUUCGACGAUAAGGGGAACCUCGUCUACCGCGUUGAUAACUACUAUGACUCCAGCAAUCGAGCCGAAAUCAUUCUCAUGGACGCCUCCGGCAACUCGCUCUUCACUAUUCGCCGCAAGAGGCUAAGCUUGGCGGACAACUGGGUGGUGUACGACGGAGAGACGGCGGAUCGUCCGCUGUAUUCCGUUAGGAAGCACGUGAGCCUCCUGAANUGA